ACGUGCAAAAAUAAAUCCAUUCUGUUUACAAGAGUUUUGCCAUCAACUUACUAGAUAGUUCUAAUUCUUUAUUAUUUGGUUUUUGUAAUUGUUUCUAAUUGUUUAAAAUAAAUUGAUAAUGGGGAAGCGUAAACGCGGCAAUAAACAAAAUGAAGCUACUGAUAAGGAGCCAGAAAAAACUGAAAAUCAAAAUGAAGUCUUAUUCUCCGAUGACUUGUUGAAAAUAAGAAAGACUGAAUGGAUUAAUAGACAAAGAGUGAUGGUUCUUGGAGCUAGAGGAAUCACAGCUCGUGAUCGACAUCUAAUGUUAAACCUACGGACUUUAAUGCCUCAUUCAAAAUCAGAACCCAAAUUGGACAGUGUAAAGAGUGACCUAUUCAGUGACGCAUUAGAAAUUUGUGAAACACGCAAUUGUAACAAGUGCUUACUCUUUAUUAAUAAGAAGCGAAAAGAUAGUUAUUUAUAUGUUGCUAACGUACCAAAUGGACCUUCGGCAAAGUUUAUGAUAGAAAACAUUCACACCAUGGAAGAGCUUCGUCUUAGUGGAAAUUGUUUACGAGGAUCCAGGCCUUUACUUUCAUUUGAUCCUGAAUUUGACAAAACUCCUCAACUGUCUUUACUCAAAGAGUUGUUCUCUCAGACAUUUGGCGUUCCAAAACACCACCCGAAAAGCCAACCGUUUUUUGACCAUGUUUAUACAUUCACUAUUUUGGAUAAAAGAAUCUGGUUCCGUAAUUAUCAAAUUGUUGGAGAGGAAGGCUCACUCGCUGAAAUUGGUCCGAGAUUUUGCUUAAAUUUAAUCAAAAUUUUUGAAGGUGGUCUUGGUGGUCCUGUGAUUUAUUCUAAUCCAGGAUUUGUCAAUCCAAAUGUUAGACGGCGAAUGUUACGGCAACAAGCUUCAGACAAAUACAAGGAUAAGGUUGUGAUAAGAGAAGGGCGAAACAAGAAAAAACCAAAAGGAGAAGAAUAUCAAGACAUGGAUCCAUUGGAAAUUUUCGAUCUGUCAAAAGUGAUUAAUGUCAGAAUGAAAUCUGAAUAUCAUCUUGGAACCAUUCUAUUAACCAACGGAGUUCACAAUAACCACAUUCAUCUUCACGAGAAGUCUCAUCGUCACCUUACCUCUGUUACUGUGAUUGAACCUACCAAGUCAAACUCAACACCAUCUGGAAAGGUUAUUGGGUUCAAUACUAAUCAAACUAAAGGCUCUUGUAGUAUGUCAGCUAAUGAUAAUCCUAGGAUUACUCACAAGGUCAAUUUAGCCGCAGCCUUUCAUGAUCACAUCUCAUGCACUAAAUUACCUUCUCAAAUAACUAAAAACGGCGGUGAUAUUAAUUCACUCAUUGGUGUAUCUCUUAAUAAUAGUGCAUGUAUUGAUACAAACAACUCAUUGUUUGGAGCUGCUGCUGGAUCUAUCAAUGAAGAUAAAAUUCAAAUCAAAAGAUUAAAAGACAUGAUUCUCAUGCAAUUAGAUUUGAUUCAACACCAACAAGAACAACUACUGAAAAAAGAGCGCCAGUUACAAGGUUUAAAGAAUGAUAGGGAAACAUUGUGUUUAAAGAUAGAAAAAAUGGAAAGUCGGAUCAACUUUUUAACACGAAAAUUAUUAGAAACAAAUUCUGGAACAUCUACAUUGAUAAUUGGGGAUACUACUCAUACUGAAACUAUUAGUGAAUUAAAUGCACAAAGUUCUGAUUCUGAAAUGAUGAUCAGCUGUCUGAGUGAUACCAACGAUAUGACUGGCAUGUUUACAAAUGUAUACUCUACGCCAUCUCCCCUAUCUACAUCAAAUCCCGCUAUUGUUUCACCAAGAACUUGUAAUUCAAAUUUACUGGCUCCAUCACCAUCUAAUCAAAGUCUCCAAUUAACUAGCGGCACUGAAAUAUUAAGCAGUGGGGAUAAUGACGAUACUAGUGAUCACACUAAACCAAAACCAAGUUCCAAUUCUGGAAAGAAAAAAGUCAAGACUGAAACAAGUAAAAAGAAAUCAGAAGAAAUUAAAGAGGAAAAGAAAAGCAACUCAAAAGAUAACAAAAAAUCAGCUGUGAAAAGAAAAAGACCAACAAACACUAAAAGUGUUGCUGCUCAGACCAAUAAAGGUGAUCUUCCAAUAUCUUCGGAUAAAUCAAUUGACAAUGAAUCUGCAGAUGAAAAAGUUUCUUCAACCAAAUCGUGUAGUAAAAAACGUCGUCGAACUGUAUCAAGAAGCAGCAGCUCGACCAUUGAUCAACUAUCUGUAAAUAGUGUGAAUUGUAAACAAACAAGUACAAAUGUAAAUUCUCUGGAUACCGAUGAAUUAUAUGAUCUCUUCAGCUGUCAAGAUGAUAAGGAUACAAUCCAAAGAAAUGAGUCUUCCUCCCUCGAUGUAACAAUCAAGGGUAAUCAAAUAGAAGUACCUUCUUGGAGGAUUAUUCACAUACCUGAUAGUCUCUCCACUGAUGGUAUUGAGAGUCUGGAUGACGACACUUUCUUGAAAAGACACCAAAAACUCGAAAGCGACGAGAAAAGGAGAAAAAGGUGGGAUAUUCAACGAUUAAGAGAACAAAGACUCAAUGAAAGACUCAGAUCUGGUCGUUACUAUAAUAAUAACAUUAAUUGCGAUAAUUCUCCCGGCUCUAACGGUUCAACGAAUCAAGCGGGAAGUAAUUUGAGCAACUUCUUCCCUAGGACGAAAGAAGUUCAAUUUAUUGAAGUAUCUGAUAAAAUACCAGGCAUGGCAUUUGGCCUUCCAAUUCCAAAUUUACCGCCAAAAGCUUUUUCAUUACCCUGGCUAAAAUCAUCUCGUCAAACUUAAAGUCAUGAUGGAUCAAGACUGGCAAUUUUUUAAAAUUGAAGGUUGAAGCUGAAUGAAACUUCCUUUUCUCGGUGGGCCCUUCAUGGGUAUAAUUACACACAUCAAGCCCGGUGGAAUAAAUUCAUUAUUUUUCAACUCGAUAAACUUAAUUAUGACAAAGAAAUAAUUGAUAAUUUUGUCAAUUAUUCUGACUGGAAUAGAAUCAAUUAUUUUCAGCACAAAAAGGAUUGUGUUUCGCUUGGCUUCUUUUGUAUAAACAAUUUUCCUUAAGAUUUUAACGAAAUCAAAUUUGUUCCGAGAUGUAGAAUAAAUCAAAUAAAACAUCUCUGAACCAAAGUUUUGAUGAUAAUUUUGUGAUUUUCCUCCAAGUCUUAAUCUAUUAAUUUGUUUGUGAUUUAUUCACAAAGAGAUUGCAUGCCAAUAAAAAAGUGUUAUUCACACUCAAAA